UUGAUUACAAGAGCCCGAGCCAAGAGCCCAAGAUGGCAGAGUUGCAAAGCGUCAGAUGAGAGUGGACGUGUAGCCUAGCCCGUGACCGCGUCCUUUGGCCAUGUCUUGCGGUGAACCCACGCCCGAAGGCUAUCUCGAGAGAAGAUGAUGAAAAAGGUGAGCAUAGCGCUGAGCCGGUCGCCUCGCCAUGGGAGUAGCAGGUGCGGGAGUGCCAACGGCGAGGUGGUCCUGGGGUCGUCCUCGGCCACCACGACCCUCGCCACCACCACCUCCUCGACCUCUUCCUCUUCUGCCUCUUCCUCCUCGCAGCACGACGCCGACAAGAAGAAAAAGUCGAGAGCCGGCGGGAUCCUGCAGACUUUGAGGAAGAAGAUCAGCGACAAGCUGGACACUCUCCAGCAGGGCAGCUCGAGCUCGACCUCGUCCUCGCGGGCCGCCCCCAGGAAGAGCAAAAGCGUCGAGGGCCUCUCCAACAGCUUCGGCGGGGACUCGUUCUCACAGUCGGUGAGUGAGGAGUCCUCUAGUGAUGGCCUCAACGCCUCUGGGGGCGGGGGAAGUGGGGGCACACACAAAAGCAAACAUAGCAAGCGUGCCAUCAGGCCUAUCAACACUCCCAUCAACACGCCCAUUGCACGCCAAAACUCAUCAUCACAUGUGUUGGCAGCCAAUGGCGACGUGGACACACAAGGGGGCAAGGUCGAGGGUGGCCAGGGCAUCACGGCAGCAGUGUCUCUUUAUAGCAAGCCGAAAGGUUACAGCUGGUUCAGUUUUUACCCGCAUCCAGAACACGAGGGCCACACCAGCCUGGUGGGGCUGAUUGACCACAGCAUGAGCCAUUCUGAGUCAGGUGUCUUCUGCUAUUCCCGAGCCCGUGGGCCUGGGUCUCCAUCCUUCCCUGUGAGGCUCACCAAGCCAGUCUCCAGGUUCACUCAGGUGCGAUCCCUACAAUACCUUUGCCGAUUUGUGAUCAGACAGUACACUCGUGUGGACCACAUACAGGCCUUGCCGCUGCCAACCAGGAUAAAGGGAUAUCUUGAAGAAGGUCACUACUGACCCUGAAGAAGUGAGGUUGCAAGAACAUUGUGUCAUAAAUAUUUCUGCUUUAAACCCUCUUCCUCUUAUGGCAUGCGAGUGAGUAAUCUCAUUCAAGAAGAGAAAGACUUAAAGAGACCAUAAUAUAUACAUAUAUAUAUCUGUGCAUUGGAAAGCAUUGCUUUGAGUGCAUUUUUAAAAGAAUUUCUUAUUCUUUUUUCUAUUCUUUCAUGAGAACAAGUGCCUCUUGGGUGAUUCCCCUGCUGUGAACAUGUCAUUUAUUUGUACUUGUUUGCCAUGUAUACUGUAUGCAUUGAUUUUUAUGUCUCAUUUCUGUAUAUUCAGAAUUUUGAGCCAAAAAUACUUAUAAGUUCAGCUUUAAGUUGUCUUGGCAAAUUUUGCUUUUCCACUCCACUAAAGAGGAAAGAAAGAAAUUAUGUUGGCUUUGAGUCUUGAAAACCUGAAAGGAGAACUCUUGUCGUUAGUGUCUCUUGAGGGACCUCAUAGCAGAGAUUGGUCCUCUAUCAUUUUAAGUUCAUUCAGUAUUUGGAAGAAGCAGAAGUUUUCAAAAUAACAUACCAUUUGAAGGAAAGCUUACCUCAUUAGAGAGAGGGAUCCCACCGAUGGGCUAUUGAUUUGAGAGCAUCUGGCUUCCCCCAGCGCCACCCCACCUGACCCUACCCCUGUGAUUCAGUCAUUAUUGUAGUGUUGUAGAGAUUUGACUCUUCUUGUCUUCCUGCUGUAAACUGCCAAAAGGAGAAAAAAUGGGAGAAAGCAAUGAAAGAUAGACUUUUUUUCUAGAGAAACAAGAAUGUACAAAAAAGUAAUACAGUUGGAAGCUUUUUUGUGAUAUCAAGGUAUGUCCUCUUUCCUUUUAAAUCAUAAUUGCAUGAAGGUGAUGCCUAGGAGUUUGUCACUGUGCCAGUAUGUAGAGGUAGACUAAUGAGAACCCAGUCUUUUUCUGUGUUUCUCACUCAAGUGAAAUUUGUUUGAAUUACUUUUGCUUUCAUCAUUUCCAGUGCUUUUAUGUUUUUAUUUUUUGUUACAGAAUGUCCCAGAUAUUACUAGUUUUAAGUUGGAUAAAAUCUGAAUCAGUUGUACUAGGAUAAUGUUCCCCAUAGGCUCGAAUUUUGUAAUAUAUAGAAUGUAGACAUUGCAUUUCAUGUUCUCUUCAGUUUGUAACCUUUGAGUAGAAUGCUAGCAGUACCACAAACAUACUGAAACAUAGACUAUAUACAGUCAUGCAAGACACUUUACUGCUAUGUAUGACCAGAGCACAGGUGUUGAUUUCUGUUUAGAGAUCAGUUGUGCAUGUCAAUGGAACACCUGACAAGCCUCAUUCAACUGACUUGAUGUGCCCCUUGUUUUGUGGGCUCCUGCAGUUUUAGAGCAGGGAGUGACCCCAUGGCUCUGGGAAUGCAUUUGAGUGCUCUUUUCUUUCUAAUGGAUGACAUUGUGUGAUCACCACCUUUUUGACAUCUUACACCAAAUGUUUGGCCAGACAUGUAUGCGUGUGUAGAUGUAUAGAUAAGGAUAUAUGUGUAUACAAAUACAGAUUCUCAUUCAUGCAUGAACAGACCGCAGCAAGACUAGGAUGUAAGAGUUUUACCCUUCUAAGAUUAUUUGUUACUUGUGUGCUUGCUGCAUAUAUUGUGUCAGUGUACUAGAAUUUUGUAUAUAUAUGUGUGUGUGUGUGUGUGUGUGUGUGUGUGUGUGUGUGUGUGUGUGUGUGUGUGUGU